AUGGAAGCACCGAUUCUCACUCCGACGCAUAAAUACGCAGCGGGAGCUCUGUUCGCGCUGGCGCUUCACCAGUCUCAGAUACACCAAGCUCGGCCAUCAACUCCUCCUUUACCUUCUCUUGAAAAAGAGACCAUCAGCGAAGGUGCGAGCAUCGGCAAGACCGUCUCGGUUUCGGACAAUUCCGACCUUUGGAUCCACGAGAAUUCUGGUUUGAUUUAUCCCGUUUUCCGGUUUUUAGGAGUGGAUGAACAAUCCUGGAAGGGGAUAAAGGAAACUGCAGGAUCUUCGUCACAAGUUAGGCAUCAUGUAGGAGCGUUGAUGACCUUACUAUCAGAGGGAACUACUGAUGGGCCUUCUUCUGAAAAAACUGACAAGGAAUGCGCUUUGGCAAAAACCGUUGAUGCCAUGGCUCUUAGUGAGGAAGAGUCUCUUGUUCAUUCAGCAGAAAACCCUGUGGAUUCUGAAUAUGAAGCUAAAUGCCGCGAAAGAUAUGAAGUUCCUGAGACGAAACCGGUGUCUGAGGUUUCUGCGAAGCCUUAUGAGAUUAUCAAGAGGACAAGUUCUCAGUCAUCCUCUGAAGAAAAAGUACCAGAUGUAUCUGAACCCCUUGAGGAACCUGUGGAAGAGGGAAACCUGAUCAGUUACGAGAGGAAAGUAACUGUUCUUUUUGCACUUCUUUCAGCCUGUGUGGCAGAUAAUACUGAAGAUGGCAAUAAAUGUUCCAAAGUACGGAAGGGUUAUGAUGCUCGACACCGUGUGGCAUUGCGGCUGCUGGCAGGCUUGGGGUUGAGUGGUUAA